AUGCUGGGCCUGGACGCGUGCGAGCUGGGGGCGCAGCUGCUGGAACUGCUCCGCCUGGCGCUGUGCGCCCGAGUCCUCCUGGCCGACAAGGAGGGCGGGCAGCCACUGCGGGACGAGGUGCUGGACGAGGCUGUGCCCGAGUACCGGGCACCGGGGAAGAAGAGCGUCCUGGAGAUCCAGCAGCUGGACCCGCAUGACGAGAGCCUGGCCAAGUACAAGCGCGUGCUGCUUGGACCCCUGCCGCCUGUAGUGGACCCAAGCCUGCCCAACGUGCGGGUGAUGAGACUGACGCUGAUGUCUGAGCAGGCUCCGGGGCCCAUCACCAUGGACCUCACAGGGGAUCUGGCUGCAUUGAAAAACCAGGUGUUUGUCCUGAAGGAAGGAGUUGAUUACAAAGUGAAGAUCACCUUCAAGGUCCACAAGGAGAUUGUCAGUGGCCUCAAGUGUCUGCAUCACACCUACCGACGGGGCCUGAGGGUGGACAAGGCCGUCUACAUGGUGGGCAGCUAUGGCCCAAGUGCCCAGGAGUAUGAGUUUGUGACCCCAGUGGAGGAGGUACCAAGGGGCGCACUGGUGCGGGGCACCUACGUUGUCAAGUCUCUCUUCACCGAUGAUGACAGGAUGGACCACCUGUCCUGGCAGUGGGGCCUCCACAUCUGCCAGGACUGGAAAGACUGA